UAAUUCAUGCAUCCUGGGAAUAACUGAGACACAACAAUAGAAGCUCACUGAAAAAGAAAAUAGGAACAUUUCUUGAGAAAAAAAUCUGAGAAAUAAAAAUGUAACAUCUCUAUACACUGAUCGUUCUCGUCAAUUUAUGUUUUUAAGGUCAAUCAAGAGACAAUGGGUUCUGUAUUCUUGUGAACGAGACAAUAAUUCCAAAGUCGACACAUGGGAUCCAAUAAUCCGAUUACACAACGUAUCGAUCGCAGACAGGAAGUUCUCACACUGGAGGUCACAGGACGGCUAGCCUUGUCGAUACCCAUGCAGAUGAUUAGGGUCAAUGUGCAUAUAAGGCGCUUUAUUAUUUUCUUUGGAAAGACAUUAAACUACAGUACACACGCGACAACGUUAUGAAUGAAUAUCGGAAGUGCAGCAUUCUACCAAAUUCAUGGCCUACAGGUGCGAGUGGGUUGUGUAUACAGAGAAAACAACACGUGUUUAUACUAAGAGUCGUGUGUUAAAUCGAUGACACACUAUUGUAAAAAAAAAAGAGCAUGCCGUCUACAUGUUAAUGCUGGCCAUAUGAAAGAGGAAGAUGUACCUACUACACAUUAGAACGGAUUUCCUUACUUUGAACUAGUGUUCCUGACAAAACAGGGAAAACGUUAUAUUUUUCUGAUUAAUUUAAUGAGGAACUGAAUAUAGAUGGCUGGAAAUUCGGGAAAAGAAACCGAAGCUGUGAAACAGACAAAUGGAUUCAGUCACCUUCGUUUUAGUCGCAUGUUCAUUCAUUCUGGUUACUUAUUUCGGAAAUUGUGAUUCGACAUGUUCUGUCUUGUGUAAGAAAUGUGAUUCAUUUACCAAUGAAUGCGUAACAUGUGUAGGGGGAUGGUAUGGUGACCAGUGCACGAACGAAUGUAACAGAAAAUGUCUCUUGUUAACCGUCAGUGGUGAAGCCGCUCGAUAUUGUGACAGAAAGACAGGUAGAUGUUCCGAAUGCGAGGCAGGGAAGUAUGGAGAAACUUGCGACAUGGAUUGUGGCAAAGGGUGUAUAUACGGUGAUAAGGAGCGACAAUGGGGGAGGCAUUGUGACCGAGAAUCAGGCGUGUGUUCCUUUGGGUGUGAUGUAAAAAGCGGGUACUAUGGUGUUCAGUGUGAUAAGAAAUGUAGCAUCGGAUGUGAGGAAGAUUUUCAAGCAUCAAUACGUCCUUGUAACCCAGACAACGGGGUCUGCUCAUUGGGCUGUGAACCAGGAUGGAUUGGUAAGACCUGCGAAGAAGAAUGUGGAAUACACUGUGUGACCAAAUAUGAUCAUUAUUAUAGAAAAGACAUUCGGCAUUGCAAUAAUAUUACAGGGGCUUGUCAAAAUGGAUGCGAGUCUAGAUGGUUUGGAAGUAAUUGCUAUUGUGAUAGAGAGGGUUAUAUGUGUGAUGAAACUGGAUGUAGCAGCGAAAGUAAUAAAUGUAACAACUGUUUGAAGGGUUAUUAUGGAGAAGAAUGUAAAACCAGGUGUCCCAAUAACUGUAACAGAGAGGGAUGUAACAGGCAGAGCGGGAAGUGUAUCCGUUGUGCAGACAAUAUGUUUGGAGAGACUUGUUCGUGCAGAGGACAUUGCAUGACGUCUGGGGAGCUGGAUGCUGGCUGUGACGAGAGUGGUGUAUGUAACACGUGUCAACAUGGAUUUCACGGCCCUUUGUGCACUCGUACGUGUUCUUCAAAUUGUAUGGGAGGACAGUGCGAUAGAAACAGUGGAACUUGUGAUAGCUGUAGUCCUGGAUAUUACGGAGAUCAAUGUGACAAAAAUUGUUCAAACACUUGUGAUGUAAACGGUUGCGAUAAAGUCAGUGGAUCUUGCCAUGCAUGUUUAUCGGGAUAUUUCGGUUCUUUUUGUAACAACACAUGCCCCCAAAACUGUUUAUCUCAAAAUUGCUCCAAAGAUACAGGUGUUUGUUAUGAAUGUUCGGGUGAUUGGACCGGGAAUCGUUGUCAAUGCAGAGGGAAAUGUCUGAAAGAGAAUCAAUGUGAUGCCAAUGGGAUUUGUGUUACCUGUAUUGACGGAAAAUUUGGGGAAUUUUGUGAUAAAGACUGUCCAGGGAACUGCGAGGGUGGGUGUGUACGAAGUACAGGGAAUUGCAUUAAAUGCCAGAAAGAUUGGUAUGGACAGCAAUGUUACUGUACUGGCAUGUGUGGAGAUCGCGAAUGUGAAGUUUCAACAGGUCUAUGUCACGAAUGUCAAAAUGGUUACCAUGGUGAGAAGUGUACAGAGAGGUGCCCCCCAAACUGUGACGAUUCUGGAUGCAAUCGGUAUGACAGUUCUUGUAAUCAGUGUAAGCCAGAGUGGUUUGUGGAAAGAAAGCAAUGUUCCUGCAGUGGUCAUUGUAAUGACCAUGGCUGUUACACGGAUUCUGGAAUUUGCAUAAACUGCGAUCGCGGAUGGUAUGGGACAAAAUGUACAAGUUCCUGUCCCAGUAACUGUUUAAAUGGAACCUGCAACAAAGAAACGGGAUUUUGUAUUGAUUGUUCUCCUGGUUUUUAUGGGAUGUCAUGUAAUAAAUCAUGCCCCCAAAAUUGCAAAGAUAAGAAGUGUAACAUCUUAACUGGAGACUGCUUAGAGUGCACACCUGAACGCUCAGGAAAGACCUGCUCUUGUGUCGGAUACUGUUAUGAAGGAAAAUGUUCAAACAGUGGAAGGUGUAUUACAUGUAAGAUUGGUUAUUAUGGAGAAAAUUGUUUAUCCCGUUGUCCACAAAGCUGUCCUGAAUCAUGCGAUAGAACAAGUGGUGUCUGCCGAUCUUGUGAAAAGGGUUUUCAUGGAGCAUUUUGUAAUAUAAGAUGCUCGAGAUUCUGCAGUGGCAGUGAAUGCGAAAAAAUAACCGGUAAAUGUAAAAAAUGUAUCGAUGGAAAAUAUGGAGAUGAUUGUUAUUGCAAUGGCCACUGUGGAGAAUUGGAAUGUAAUAAAAAUACUGGAAUUUGUUACAAAUGUGCAGCGGGAUAUUUUGGCGAUAUCUGUACAACGCAAUGUCCCGCUAAUUGCAAUUACCUAGGAUGCGAUAGAGAGUCUGGAAAUUGUAUCCAAUGCAAGUAUGGGUGGUUUGGAUCAAAAUGCGCGUGCACUGGUCAAUGUGGAAAAAGUGGUUGCAAUAAUUCAGGAAGUUGUUAUGAGUGCCAACCAGAAAUGUAUGGGGAACGAUGUGACAAGGCUUGCCCUCGCUAUUGUGCUGAAGUUACGUGCGGAAGACAGAACGGUCAUUGUGCUUCUUGUGAUACAGGUUGGUCAGGGCCAACUUGUGACUGCAUCGGACACUGUAACAAUGAUACGUGUAGAGCUGAUAAAAAGUGCGAAACCUGUAAGUCAGGCUGGUUUGGUAGUGACUGCAGGCCAUCUUGUCCGAUAAACUGUAAUUCUAAAGGAUGUGUACGAGAGACAGGAUUAUGCCAUGAAUGCAAGGCUGGAUUCUUUGGAAAUAGAUGUAAAUGUACUGGCCAUUGUGACUCUGAUGGAUGCGACAGUAAUGGUCGUUGUGUUGCGUGUGAUGCUGGUUUUUCUGGAGAUCUUUGCUUAAAUAGUUGUCCAAAGCAUUGUGCUGGACUUAAGUGUUCACGAGGUGGCUUGUGCAAUGCAUGUGAAGAUGGAUGGUUUGGGGAAAAUUGUGAAUGUUUUGGACAUUGUAUGGAUAAUUUAUGUAAUAAGGAAGGCAAAUGUAAUAGUUGUAAACUUGAUUGGUACGGGCCAAACUGCAAUAUAAGUUGUCCAAAGUAUUGUGCGAAUGGUUGCAAUAGGGACACUGGAAAAUGUUAUAAGUGCAAACAAGGGUGGUAUGGUGAAAUGUGUUCAUGCACUGGACAUUGUGGAGAGAAGGGAUGUAAUGCCAAUGGAACUUGUUUUAAUUGUAAAUUUGAAUAUUUUGGAAGGCAUUGUUUACAGAAAUGUCCCUUGAAUUGUAAUAACCUGGGAUGUAACAGAACAACUGGAUAUUGCAAAAGAUGUAAAGAAGGAUAUUUUGGAAAUGAAUGUAAUUGUACCGGAAAAUGUGAUUCGGGAGGUUGCAGUAUUAAUGGAACUUGUUAUGCAUGUGCUUCUGGUUAUUCUGGUCAGAACUGUUUGGAAGAAUGCCCAUCAAAUUGCAGGGAAAGCUUUUGCUUGAGAAAUAUUUCUUGUAUCUCAUGUAAAGAGAAUUGGUUUGGAAAUAAAUGUAUGUGCACUGGUAAUUGUCUUGACAGUAAAUGUAAUCCUCAGGGAAUUUGCGAGAUCUGUGCAGUUGGGUGGCAUGGUGAGAUUUGUCGUAAUAAAUGUCCCCAAAAUUGUGUAGGUGGUUGCAAUCGGGACACUGGAAAAUGUUAUAAGUGCAAACCAGGGUGGUAUGGUGAAACGUGUUCAUGUUCUGGACAUUGUGGAGAGAAGGGAUGUAAUGUCAAUGGAACUUGUUUUAAUUGUAAAUUUGAAUAUUUUGGAAGGCAUUGUUUACAGAAAUGUCCCUUGAAUUGUAAUAACCUUGGGUGUAACAGAACAACUGGAUAUUGCAAAAGAUGUAAAGAAGGAUAUUUUGGAAAUGAAUGUAAUUGUACCGGAAAAUGUGAUUCGGGAGGUUGCAGUAUUAAUGGAACUUGUUAUGCAUGUGCUUCUGGUCAUUCUGGUCAGAACUGUUUGGAAGAAUGCCCAUCAAAUUGCAGGGAAAGCUUUUGCUUGAGAAAUAUUUCUUGUAUCUCAUGUAAAGAGAAUUGGUUUGGAAAUAAAUGUAUGUGCACUGGUAAUUGUCUUGAUAGUAAAUGUAAUCCUCAGGGAAUUUGUGAGAUCUGUGCAGUUGGGUGGCAUGGUGAGAUUUGUCGUAAUAAUUGUCCCCAAAAUUGUGUCGGUGGAUGUCGUCGGGAAAAUGGAAAUUGUCUCAACUGUACAUUAGGGUGGUACGGUGAUAAGUGCAAUCAGGCUUGCCCUAAAAACUGUGCAAACGGGUGUCAUCGAGGAAAUGGAACAUGUUUAGACUGUAAAACAAGCUGGUUUGGUGAUACAUGUGCGUGCGUAGGAUAUUGCGAUAAAAAAGGCUGUCUAGAAAAUGGAAUUUGUCGAAAUUGUUCUCUUGGUCGUUAUGGUAAAAAGUGCUUAAGUAAUUGUUCUGAAAAUUGCUCUGAAAGAAAUUGCAAAAGGAACAGCGGAAACUGCCUUGAAUGUAAGAAGGACUGGUAUGGUGAUAAAUGUACAUGCAAAGGGCCAUGUGGAAAAACUGGUUGCGACGCUUCUGGUACAUGUUUAGAGUGUGCUAAAGGAUUAUUUGGAAAACACUGCAGCGAAAACUGUUCUUCUCCUUUUUGUGCCGUUUGUGACAGAAACAGUGGUAUCUGCCAAGAAUGUGUUUCUGGACGAUACGGUAAAGAUUGCGAGAAACCGUGUCGUGAAAAUUGCAAAAAAUCCAUAUGCAAGAAAACAAGUGGACUUUGUGUAGACUGCAUUUUAGGAAAAUAUGGGGAAUUAUGUGAAAAAAACUGUAGCUUAAACUGUCAUGAUGAUUUUUCCUGCCGACGUAGUGAUGGUCACUGCCACAAUGGCUGUAAACUAGGCUACGAACCACCGAUUUGUUCCUCUGCCCUUACCCAGACCAAAAUGCAGACGAUGAUCAUAAUAACUGUUUCCGUGGUUGGGUUUAUAACGUUGAUUGUUAUCCUUGCCAUAUGCUCCUGUUACGUUCGAAGAAAGAAAGAAAACAGCAAGGAGAUAAUUAUCAAGAUGUCUAGGACCAAUGCCCCAUUGUCUACAAAUCCACUUCUUGGAAACAUUGUCAAAAAACCCGAACAGAUGAUGUAUUCGAACGGUACCUACAAUGUGACACAACCACUGAAUAUAACAGAUCGUUAUGUUUUAGAAGACUAGUCAACAUGGUAUUUUUUCUGCAUUAUAAAUCCAGCUUCUGAUCUUGACGAUUCAAUGAGUAAUACUCAUAGAUAGUACUUAUAAAGGUCUAAGUACGAGUGUACAUGGAUGACUAUAAUGUGUUCUCAGUUAAAGUUUUCGGAGAUACUGUGAAAGUGGAACGUCUCAUUAGAAAAUCCGUAUGAUAAGAUAUACGAUGAUAAAAUGUGUUCAUUUUUGAGUGCCAUGGAGCUGAUAAUGAAAAAAACUACUUUAGACACUUCCCGUUUUUGUAAUCUUUCUUUUAUUUGUUGUUUUUUCGUUAUUGAAUCAUUACAGUCAUUUAUCAUGCCUAGAUUCUACUGAGUACUUAACAAAUCUAAGUGUCUAUUUCCGAAUUUUAUAAAUGCGUGUGAAUCACCAAAAAAAAAGAGGAUGAGAGAGAGAGAGAGAGAGAGAGAGAGAGAGAGAGAGAGUUUUAUUUAUAAUUUUGUACAUGUACAGUCCUUGCAUCGUAAUAUUUAUUGUGACAAAGUAUGAAUAUUUUUUUUUUAAAAUAGCUUUAUUUUGUAUGUGUAAGUUCUCAAUCAAUAUACAUGUAAUUUGGUUCAAAACAUCACUACUACUAGUCAUCUAUGCUUAUUUUGUAAGCUCAUUGCGUUUAUAAUUUUGUACAUUUGAUUCAAAGUACCGAAGGGAUUUUUCUUGACCCAUGAUUGUUUUUUUGAUUUAAAGAAAAAAAUUUUACAGCAAAGUAUUACUGCAAAUUAAUGUAAUUUUAACUGUUAAGAAAGUUCGCUUUUCUCACGUUUGACUGCAGAUUGCUUUUACUAAUUUGUCGUUUGAAUGUGUGUGUGUUUUUUUUAUUUUUCUUCUUUGCCAUCAUCAAACGAUCAAACUACAAUGCUUGAUUUGAUUUUUCUUUACAACAAGACUAAUAGUAUUUUUUUUUUAUUCGUUUAAAUAUUAUUUUGUAUAUACUUUGUUAUUUGCAUUGUGAUAUUUUUUUUGCCUGUGUAUGAAUACUCCUUUUCAGAUACCUUUAAGAUGCUAUUGUAACAAUGAAAAGAGCAGUCGUUUAAAUCCAAUAAAUGCUUCAAAAUCCCUA